UUUGGGCAGAUGCGAAUAUGCGCGCGGCGCUCCCACCGCCCAGCUCGCGUCCAACGCCUCUCCGAUUAAAAAAUAAUUAAAAAAAAUUAAUCCAAGGCGUGUUCCAUUCCAAAUUCAAAUUUAAAAAAAAACAUGGCGGUUGUAGCGAGCUCGUCGCGUUCGAAAUUCGAGUGAUUGUCGCAAUAUGUUCCUUCCGGAUUGGACCUAAGAUACAGUGAUAGUUGAUUAGAAGUGUAUUGUGUGAAACGUGUGAUCUAGACCUAAUUGAUUUUAAUCAACCUCCGACAACCCUGUGGGACCAAAUCGUCGAGUACCUACUUAUAAUUUCAUCCACGCACCUGUAAAAAUUAUAACAAACCUCCCAUUUUCAAAAGUCAUCAAUAAAAUAAUAAUGAUUGCCUAGUCCAGUUUUAUAAUAGACUGUUGAAGGUCCAAAAUACAUAACCUACCUACCUACCUACUGUAUGUGUUAGUAAAUAAAUAAAAGAUAGUAUAUAAAGAAAUAUCCCCCUCGUUUGAUAAAGUGUAGUGAAGUGUGGAAACGCGUAUGGAAUUUCCGGAGAGAGCAAGUUUGAUUCUCUGGCAGCGAAGAGUGGAGUUAUACAGAUCAAAAUGAACCCAGAAGGCGGUGGUGAAGAUGCGGCGACCCCUACGACCCCCGCCGCCAACCCCACUCCGGACGCCGGGCCCCUCAUUCCGGUGCCCGUGGCCCCUCGCAAGCCGGCGCGCCGGGGGCCCAAGGUCCAGCAGGAGAGGCCCAAGCGGGCCCUCUUUUGUCUCACCCUUAAGAACCCGCUGAGAAAGCUGUGCAUUGACAUCGUUGAGUGGAAACCGUUCGAGUGGAUGAUCCUAACGACAAUAUUUGCAAACUGCGUAGCGCUGGCAGUCUACACACCUUUCCCAGCCAGCGACUCUAAUUAUACUAACUGGGUUCUAGAAAAGAUCGAGUACAUUUUCCUGGUGAUAUUCACGGGGGAGUGUGUGAUGAAGAUCAUAGCGUACGGGUUCGUGAUGCAUCAGGGGUCGUAUCUCAGGAACGGCUGGAAUUUGCUCGACUUUACGAUAGUUGUUAUUGGUAUGGUGAGCACGGUGCUGUCGAGUAUAUUCAAGGACGCUUUCGACGUGAAGGCCCUCAGAGCGUUCAGGGUACUCCGACCGCUAAGGCUCGUAUCUGGAGUACCCAGUCUACAAAUCGUGCUGAACUCGAUCCUGAAGGCGAUGGUUCCGUUGCUCCACAUCGCGCUGCUGGUCAUCUUCGUCAUCAUCAUCUACGCCAUCAUCGGCCUCGAGUUGUUCUCCGGCAAGAUGCACAAGUCCUGCUACAAUAAACUCACAGAUGAGAUAAUGGACAACGCGCACCCUUGCGAUGACAAUGGCUUCAACUGCUCGCUGAUAGGCGACGAUAUGGAGUGUCGCGAGGGGUGGAUCGGCCCUAACUUCGGCAUCACCAACUUUGACAACUUCGGCCUGUCCAUGCUUACCGUCUUCCAGUGCAUUACUCUUGAGGGUUGGACGGAUGUUAUGUACCAUAUUCAAGACGCGAUGGGCAACAGUUGGGAAUGGAUAUAUUUUGUUUCGAUGGUCAUUUUGGGUGCUUUUUUUGUCAUGAACCUAAUUCUCGGUGUGUUGUCCGGAGAGUUCUCCAAAGAAAGAGAAAAAGCAAAGAAUCGUGGCGACUUUCAAAAGUUAAGAGAAAAGCAGCAAUUGGAAGAGGAUUUGAAAGGCUAUCUAGAUUGGAUCACGCAAGCUGAAUAUUUGGAACCACUUGCUGACCAACAUGAUGCUGUGGAUCAGAAGAGAGAUUAUGGUAUAGAGUUUCUAAAUCAAACGCAAAACGAGCACGAUUCUACGGACCACUUAGGGAUAGAAGUUCCGGAACAGCAAAAGAUAUCUAUUGGGAAAAUAUGGAAGAAAGACUUUGAUAAGGUAAAUCGUCGGAUGAAGCGUGCGUGUAGGCGUGCGGUCAAAUCACAAACAUUCUACUGGCUCAUCAUCGUGCUUGUAUUCCUCAACACUGUGGUGCUUGCCAGCGAACAUUAUCAUCAACCUCAGUGGCUGGACUACUUUCAAGAGUACGGGAACGCAAUUUUUGUGGCACUUUUUACUUUAGAGAUGUUGGUUAAGAUGUACAGUUUAGGAUUACAGGGAUAUUUCGUGUCACUGUUCAACCGCUUCGACUGCUUCGUGGUGGUGGGCUCCAUCAGCGAGAUGGUGCUGACGAAGACUGAGCUGAUGCCGCCGCUUGGCAUCUCCGUGUUGCGCUGCGUGCGUCUGCUGCGCGUGUUCAAGGUCACCAAGUAUUGGCGAUCACUAUCCAAUUUGGUAGCAUCGCUGCUGAACUCAAUCCAAUCGAUCGCGUCUCUUUUACUGCUGCUUUUUCUUUUCAUCAUGAUUUUCGCGCUACUCGGCAUGCAGGUUUUUGGAGGCAAGUUCAACUACGACCCCGUUGAAGAAAAAGAUCGUCACAACUUUGAUUGUUUUUGGCAAGCCCUCCUCACAGUAUUCCAGAUUCUGACGGGUGAAGACUGGAAUGCAGUGAUGUAUGAGGGCAUCAAAGCGUAUGGCGGCGUCGGCACCUUUGGCAUCCUGGCUUGUAUCUACUUUAUCAUACUCUUCAUUUGCGGCAACUACAUCCUACUGAACGUUUUCUUGGCUAUCGCUGUCGACAACUUGGCUGAUGCUGAAUCACUGACCAAUAUUGAAAAGGAAGAAGGACAAGCCGCGGAAGAAAAGGAAGGCAUCGAGGAAGGUGCAGAAGGCGUUCUUGCUGAAACAGAUGACGAGUACAUUCAUGAUGACGAUGCCUACACCACCGAUAACUCCGAAAGGGAAUACGAAGAGACAGGAUCGGAAGGCGAACCGCAAGAGGAGAUCGAUGGAGAGGGAGAUGAAGGAAUCAUGGAUGAAGAGAUGGAAGAGAGAAUUGAUGAAGAACAAGAACCAGAGGAAAUGGAAAGCCAUCAAAGGAAUCAUAUAGUGAAUACAGAGUACGAGGAUGAGCCACGUUUGAAACGUAAGCCGACGACAUCAUCGGCGAGGCCGCGGCGCCUCUCCGAGGUCGAUAUCCAAAACUCGGCCAAACCCAUCCCCGAUGCAACCUCCUUCUUCAUAUUUUCUAGAACAAACAGGUUUCGUGUGUUCUGCUACAAGAUGUCAUCAUCGUCAACAUUUGGCAACAUCAUCCUGGUAUGCAUCAUGUUGUCAUCCGCCAUGUUGGCUGCAGAAGACCCUUUGGAUGCUGCACAAAAAGGGUUUCGAAAUUGGUUGCUGAGUCAAUUCGACAUCUUCUUCACGGGCAUCUUCACACUGGAGCUGUUCCUGAAGCUGAUCACGUACGGCCUCAUCCUCCACCAGGGCGCCUUCCUGCGCUCCGCCUUCAAUGUGCUCGACAUGCUCGUUGUCUGCGUCUCUCUUAUCUCCAUGAGCUUUAAGUCUGGAAGUAUAUCCGUUGUGAAAAUAUUGCGAGUGUUCAGGGUGCUGAGGCCACUUAGGGCUAUCAACAGGGCCAAGGGCCUUAAGCACGUUGUUCAGUGCGUGAUCGUUGCAAUCAAAACGAUCGGCAACAUUUUGUUGGUUACGUCCUUGCUUCAGUUCAUGUUUGCAGUCAUGGGAGUGCAAAUGUUCAAGGGUAAAUUUUUUAGAUGUAAUGAUAUUUCGAAAAUGACAAGAGAUGAAUGUCGAGGAACGUAUUUAGUGUUCGAGAAUCGUAAUUACGUAGUUAGAGACAGAGAAUGGAAGAGGUAUGAAUUCCAUUUCGAUAAUGUCAUGAAAGGGAUGCUCACCCUCUUCACAGUAUCCACUUUUGAAGGAUGGCCAGGGUUAUUGUACGUGUCUAUAGAUUCGAAUGCUGAGGAUCGUGGUCCCAUUACUAACUUCCGUCCAAUUGUUGCAGCCUACUAUAUUAUUUAUAUAAUUAUAAUUGCCUUCUUUAUGGUAAAUAUAUUCGUCGGUUUCGUCAUAGUGACAUUCCAAAAUGAGGGUGAGCAAGAGUAUAAGAACUGUGAACUAGAUAAGAACCAAAGGAAUUGUAUAGAAUUCGCACUGAAAGCAAAACCAAUUAGAAGGUAUAUCCCUAAGCAUCGUAUCCAGUACAAAGUGUGGUGGUUUGUGACGUCACAGCCGUUCGAGUACGCAAUCUUCGUACUGAUCAUGAUAAACACCAUAACACUCGCCAUGAAGUAUCACAACCAACCGCCAGAAUACAGCAAAGCAUUGGACAUGUUAAACAUGAUCUUUACUGCCGUUUUCGCGUUGGAGUUCAUUUUUAAACUCGCCGCCUUUAGAUUUAAGAACUACUUCGGUGACGCGUGGAACACGUUCGACUUCAUCAUAGUACUAGGUAGCAUCAUCGACAUCGUGGUCUCACAAGUAAACGAACUUAAGAAUCAGGGAAGUGGGUUGCAAAGAACGCACGUUGUCAAGGAGAGUUCGAUACCAUCAAUAAACUUCUUUCGUCUCUUUCGGGUCAUGAGGCUGGUCAAGCUUCUCUCGAGAGGGGAAGGCAUAAGGACCCUGCUUUGGACGUUCAUCAAGUCCUUUCAAGCCUUGCCUUAUGUAGCACUUCUUAUUUUAAUGCUCUUCUUCAUUUACGCUGUGGUUGGGAUGCAGGUUUUUGGGAAAAUAGCAAUAGAUGAUGAUACGCCGAUCACAAGAAACAACCACUUCCAAACAUUUCCACAAGCUAUAUUGGUGUUAUUUCGAUCUGCUACCGGGGAAGCGUGGCAAGACAUAAUGAUGGGUGUAUCACCGGAACCGGAUGUGAAGUGUGACAGUAACUAUGAGGAGGAGGGAGAGGACGACAGCAGCGGCUCGUGUGGCAGUGUGCUCGCUUUCCCCUACUUCAUUUCCUUCUACGUGCUAUGUUCCUUUCUCAUUAUUAAUUUAUUCGUCGCUGUCAUUAUGGAUAACUUUGACUAUUUAACCAGAGACUGGUCAAUAUUGGGACCACACCACUUAGAUGAAUUUAUAAGACUUUGGAGUGAAUAUGACCCUGACGCCAAGGGAAGAAUAAAACAUUUAGAUGUAGUUACUUUGUUAAGAAAAAUUAGUCCACCGUUAGGAUUCGGUAAAUUGUGUCCACACCGUGUGGCGUGUAAGCGACUGGUAUCUAUGAACAUGCCUCUCAACUCCGAUGGCACAGUUCUUUUCAACGCCACGCUGUUUGCCGUCGUCCGUACUUCACUAAAAAUCAAGACCGAUGGAAAUAUCGAUGACUGUAACACAGAAUUGCGGGCUGUGAUCAAAAAGAUCUGGAAGCGAACAUCCCCUAAAUUAUUGGACCAGGUAGUACCACCUCCUGGAGACCCGAAUGAGAUCACCGUCGGCAAGUUUUAUGCAACCUUCCUCAUCCAAGAUUACUUUAGAAGGAAUCACGCGUUCAAAAAGCGCAAGGAACAGGAGAUGAGGCAGAGUGACGAACAGUGUCACCAGAUGACGCUACAAGCCGGCUUGAGGACGCUGCACGAAGCAGGCCCUGAACUCAAGCGAGCUAUAUCCGGGAAUCUGGACGUUGAUGUUGCUGGAGACACUGAUGUUCCCAUGCAUAGGAGAAAUCAUUCGCUGUUUGGUGGAGUAUGGUCCAGUAUACGAAGACAUGGCCCCAAUAGGCACUUCCAUAGACAUCGGAAACAUGGUGAAGGACCUCCAGAAGCUGUCGGCAAUCAUUUAAGUUCGAUGAUGCAGCGGGAAUACGGAGGGUCGAAUCUGCCUUUAGCACCCAAUUUAGCUAACGGCCAGCCUAAAGAACAGAUACCAUUAAGGCCACUAAUAUUAAAUGGGGAAUCAGAAAAAAUAUAUCAGGUGCUUGACAAUCAAAAGUCAAACUACCCCGAAAUGUUAGGCCAGAUCGGUCUAGCAUUUGGAUGCGUCAACUACCUAUCGACACCGGAUAGUUCUGGAACGAAAUCAACAUCCCCAUCCAGACAGAAGGUUCACCCUGAAGGCACUGAAAAGAUAACUGAAAAAAUUACUGAGAAAAUAACUGUAACUGAGAAGUUAGCAGUGCCGAGGAAAGCGUCUCCAGAAGAUAAGACACCAUCACCUGGGGAGACGAUAGCACCGAAGAUAUCGGCUUAUUUGGCGAAAGAGUGUAUGCCGGCAGAGACGAGGCCUAUGACGCUGUACGGGUACAACGCAGCGGCGAGGUUGCCGUUCACGUUUUCGCACGCCCGGGAGCGCCGCAGCCUGCGCGCAGCGCCGCGGCCCGUGCCCGCAGGUCGGAUGGUGCGCAGCGCGUCGUCGGGCGCGGCGCCGCAUGCGCAUGCGCCCGCGGUCACGCCCGCGCGCCCUAACAAGCUUGUAGAUCCGCCGCCGCCAGGCGAUAAUGUCGGCCGCGGGGUGGUGUCACUUCCGGGGAGCCCUAGGAACACCGCCUCAGUGCCCGUAGUGGGCUCUGCUGAGAGCCUGGUUUCUAAGGUGUUAGCUGAACAAGGUCUAGGGGAGUACUGCGAUCCGGAAUUCGUGAGGAACACCUCGAGGGAGAUGCAGGAAGCACUUGACAUGACUCAAGAGCAAAUGGACAGAGCGGCACAUCAGCUUAUGACUCAAGAGAGGAACUUGAAGCUAGUCCAAAACCAACAACCCCAAGUGAGCGAGAUCCUAGCCCGCCAGUACCAUCCCUUCCACCAGCCGGCCGCGCCGCAGCCGCUCAAGCGGUUAUAGCACCGACACAACAUGGCGGCCAAGAUGGCGCCGACAAACGUCACCCGCACCACAGACGAAAGAGAAAACGCAAGCCGGUGCUUGUUUAGACACUACCGAAUACCUAGCGUUCUUAAUUUUACAGUCUGAUAAAAAAUAUGCUCAAUCGUCUCUUUUAUUUCACGGCUCUAGCUGCUGAAUACUGAAAACUCUACAAGACAGAUUAUAGAGCGUACUUAGGUUGAGAAUGAGAUCUAUUGAGCGCACUUUGAGUUUGCUCAGACUUAAGACACUGUUAAAACGAGACAGCGUUAUAUCGCUUGAUAAAUCUGUCUCAUUUUAACUGAGACUUACGAGAGCUCGGCUUUGAUUAGACUUUUGUCUCUUUCUCUCUUUCUGCGGCAUAUUCCUCAUUGCUGAGGAACGUGACCCUUUUCCAUUAAUCACAAAAUGCUUGGAGUUUACUUGGAAUAAUAAUGCGGUGAAUUCCUAGAAUUCCUAGAUCCUUCCGCAUAACAAACAAUGUCAUAGACAUGACAGAUUUAACAGACAGACAUUAAUAUGUACAUCGAUAUGACGCUGUCUCGUCGACGUUAACGUCGUUUUAAGUCUGAGCAAAGUUAAAGUACUCUCUAUAGACCCCACCCUCGGUACUAAAUAACGUCUGCGUUUUUGUAUAUUAGUUGUUCGGACAGCAUGUUAAAGACAUGUCAAAAAAACGUAAAACACUCUUUUUAUGAUGCUUUACAGUAUUCUGGAGCCGCGGGCCUAGACACAAUCCAUUUUUCUUCCACGCUUAGACGUCAAGAUGAAAAAAAACGCAUCGUAAAUUGAGAACAAUCAAGGGUGAAUAGGUAUCUCCUAGGCAAACGCGCUCUAUCUUAGGCUGCAUCAUUACUUGUCAGCAGGUCUGAUUGCAGCCAAGCGCUAAUCUGUAAAUUUGAAAAAAACCUGUUCCUUUUUGAAAGUCGGUUAACAAUGUGGUUCCACACAAAUCUUGACUAUUAGUGUGUACGGAAAACUGAUUUUGUCUACAGGGUCUGAUUCGCAAUGGAAUUGAAAUUAUCAAGCACGCAUUGUGACUUCAAAUUCGAAAGGUACAGGCUGAAUCUAUAGAGCGCACUUUGACUUUGCUCAGACUUAAGACACUGUUAAAACGAGACAGCGCUAUACCGCCUGGCAUAAAUCUGUCUCGUUUUAACUGUAACUUAAGUCUAAGCAAAGUCAAAGUCCAGUCUAUAGAUAUCAACCUUAGAGUUAAAACGAGACAUAUUUAUAUCAGAGACAUACAUCUGUCUAUUUUUAACUCUGACUUAAGGUUGCAAAGUCAGUUUUUAACUCUGACUUAAGGCGGCAAAGUCAAAAUACCCUCUAUAAGUAGAUAUCAGCCUCAAUUAUAGAGAUAGUAUAAAAUAUUUAUCUGUGGCCUCAAUAUUGAAGUCAAAAAUAAAUUGUAGUCACAUACGAGUAAGGUGAUUUGAGUGUCAUAGCGAGUAAAAACUCUUUGUAUCUUAGAUCUUGGCCUUUUGGCAGUAUACAUUAUAUAGCGAAAUCGAACAGGCGGAUCAAAAUUAGGUAAUUGUAAUACUGAAUUUCUUGGACUGUGACCGUGAAACACAGUUGAAAGUGAGAUUUGUAGUACAGUAGGUAUUUUAUAGUAAAUUUUAGACUAAUCGAUUAGGGUGAAAUAAAAAUAUGACACUUUUGAUGAGAUCAUUUCUAUUCUCCUUUUUGCCAUAGCGAGUAUGCUUUAAUUUUUUUACUGUGGACCUUUUCAUAGAUAUUUUCGAUUCCUUUACUAAGAAUUUGGCUCUAUCGUAUUUUUUUUACUGGUUAUCUCUAAACUAUAGACGACUUAAGGGCUUUAGGCUUAGAUUAUGUAAUUGGGGGUAGAAGACUCAAUUUUUAUAGCAACAAAAUUAAUACGGAAUUAAACUACUUAGUUAUUUUAACUAAUCCUAUUGUAAGAUAAAAUAGGCUUUAUAGCUCUUAUUUAAGUAUAAAGUGAAUGAACAUGAGGCCUUUGCCCAGCAGUGGGACUAUUUGGACAGCAGUCCCAUUAGGUUAUUUUUUUACACACAACAAGAGUCGCCUACCCCAUUUUUAUCUCGAUAUUGUUUUUAAAAAGCAUAUAAAAAAUACUAUUCAAUCUAAUGUUUGUCUUUCAUAAGUCAAUAAAAAAUAUAUAGGUAAAUAUUAUGAGUAAAGUUUAAAAAAGUUUGUUCGAGCUUUAAGCAAUGUUAAUUUGUGAUGUAAAAAAAUUGUGUGCAGAACUGUUAAAUUUUUCAGUAUUAUUGAUUAUAUAGUAGGUACCUAAUUAGAGGGUAGAUAGAUAAUUUUGACACCAGCUUUUUGUACACAAAACUUUAACUCAAAAUUAUCUAGAUCUGUUAAAAGUAUGCUCAUGAAAAAAGCAUAGUAAGCAAAUGAUAAAAGAGCAUGGAUUUGACCCGCCAUAGCAAUGCGUGGGACUGCAAUACUUAUUUAACUACAUAGUGUUGUAAACUGAAAAGACUUGAAAGAACUUGAAAAGGACAACCGCCGAGUUUCUUGCUGAUUCUUCUCUGGAGUGCGGGAAUUCCGAACCCGUGCCGUAUCCACUUGACACAUCGAAAGCACUUGGCAAUGGAAAAAAAAAUCUAUUCCAUUGUAUAAAUUCCAUCAUUACAAUUUUCGAAAUACGCGCUCCAGAAAGUAAUAGCAUGAUUUUUUAAUCCAAACAAUUUUAUUAAAAGAAGUUUUUUGUACAAAAUAAUUGGCUUUAGUUUCCGCUUCGAAGGACCACCUUAUUCGAGUAUAUUUUUUUGGCAAUAAAAACCAGACUGACCAUGAGGGCUUUUUCGCAAUGGCAUUCAAAAUUCGGCCUUGUGCGAAACAUUCUUCAAUCCUUUGUAUCAACAUAUCAUGCGUGUUUGAGAAAGGGUAUGUCAAAAGGUAGUCAAUCGUACGGUAAGCCCAUAGGCUGAGAUUUAUAGAGCGCACUUUGACUUUGCUCAGACACUGUUAAAAAGAGAUAGUGCUAUACCGCUGGCAUAAAUCUGUCUCGUUUUAACUGUAACUCAAGUCUAAGCAAAGUCAAAGUGUGCUCUAUAUAUUUCAAUCUUAGGUUAAGGAACUAUUAAACUGUACUUUUGACAUGACAGUUGACACAUAGAGCGAUGACGAGUCCUUUCUCAAAUUGUACGCAUUAUAUUGAAAUUGGUUUGAACACGUGGACCAGUUUUGAACGCCACAACGAAUAAGGCUCCAGCUAGUGUGAUAGUAACCCUAAUUUUACUCGUAAAAUUUUCUACAAAUUUUAAAAAUCAAACACAAAUUUUGCAUUUACACCACACACUAAAUCUUUAAAAUUAAUAUUAUAAAUCUACCCAUCAAUAACGCGUGACAAUAAAUAAACUCGAAAAGAGCGGCGUUAAUCAUUCGAUCUCGCUUACACAGUAUACCUGUGUAUAAUGUGUAAGCGAGACGGUAUUAGGGCCGCUUGGUUUCUUCAUUGGCACGCGUUAUAUCAGCGUGACAAUACCGCACUUAAAGACUUGACAAACUUUAUUAAUUAAGUAAUUGGAUCGCAGGUGUACAGUACAACAGUAACUACAGGCAUUACCCAUUACUGCGUAGGUUCCUGCGGUAGUGGAGCGGUGCGGGAGGGGUGUGAUGACGUGACGCGAGAGCUCAGUGAUUCCUCAACUUGUGACAGCUGUCACCCUCCCGCACCGCUCCACUACCGCAGCCCCCCUAUCGGCUAAAAAUGUAUCAAUCAUUAAAGGUCAGCAUCAAUGUCAAAACAUGGUAUUUAGUCAAUGGGAUAGGCCAAAAACCAUGUUUUGACAUUGAUGCUGUCCUUUAAUGAUUGAUAUAUUUUUAGCCGAUAGGCCCCCAGGAGCCUACUCAGUUAUGGGCUAUACCUAUAAGGACAGUGUCGCUGGCAACUUUGGCUUCAGCUCAGACCAACAAUUUGACCUUAGUUGUAUCCUUGUGGGAUACAACUAAGACCUUUUUUGAAGACAUUUUUGAAGUUAAAUUUCUUUAGGCAUUCAUCUUUUUUCCGAAACAAGUAAUGUUCAAACGUCACGUCCGCCAAAAAUGGCCGCCAAACAGAGCAGCUGUUUUGUAGCUGUUUUCAUGUGAAAAUUUUUAAAGCACCAAUUAAAUAGUUAUUGUCAUACUCGUAGAUAAAAUAAAAUUUUCGCGUGCGUUUUUAGUGUUAUUUCAACCGCCGCAGGUUUCCGUAUUUUUCUUUCGAUUUUUUUUUGCAACAGUAGCUGAAAGCAUGAAAAAAUGUUUGUAAACGGGCUAAAACAAUGCCAGCGACGCUAGCGCCAGUUCUGCAUCCUUUUGUUAAAAAGUAGUUUUUGAGUUGUCGACAAAAGACAUGGGAAUGCU